AUGGCGUCGGUGGCAGGUCGUGUUUCUCGGCUAAUUCUAAGCAGGAAUGCAGGGGCAUUCACUCGGAACUCUGGGUUAAAAUCGCAGGGUACGACAGGAGUAACUUUAAGUCGAAAUGCUGUGUCAUCAACGACGGGUGGUAUACUACCAAAACCGGAGAAGGUACCGUUUGGACUGAUCCGGAUGACGGCGGUGGUCAUUCCGUUUCUUUACAUUGGCACCCUUAUAAGCAAGAACUUUGCCGCUUUGCUGGAGGAACAUGAAAUCUUCGUCCCAGAUGACGAUGACGACGACGACUGAACUGCACGUGUCAGUCCCCGAUAAUGACUGCGGAAUGACGUGAUUGACGGCGUACUGAAGAAGAUGACCGACCGUGUCACCGCCCAAUCCACCACAUCAUCAUCCUCUGUUUACAUUUCCGUAACCGUGCCCUUGCUUUAAACCUGCGCUCUGGAAACCCAGAGCGACUGUUUUUAUUUGUCCGAUUUCAUUAAAGAAACAUGUGAGGCUCCCGUCACGUUGUCCUCACUCUUGUUUGCAUGUACAGUUUUGUCUUGACUCAAAUAAAACAGGCGACUGUUGA